AUGCUCUCAAAAUAGAAGAAAUUACAUGAGAUAGUAUCAUAGAGUAUAUUAAAAACGUAAGUAUUUAAUAAUAAUUAGAUCUACUACAAAAUCUUCUAAACAGUUAAGCCAAUCAUUUAAUCCUAAUGGAUUAAUUGGACAAUCUUUAAGUCCGAAUUAAAAAACAAAUUAGAGCAUGGGAUAAAAAAAAGGGAAUAACAUAAAAUAGUAUUAGCAAGAGUUACUAAAAUUGAUGACAAGUCAUAAAUAGUCAUCAGGUAAUAAAAAAGCAAACAUGUCAGAUGUGAUGAGUUAAUAAAAGGAAAGUAAACGAAUUAAUUCUGGUACAAGUCAACCAUAAAAAUCAUAAACAUCUAGCAAAUUAAGCUUUGUUAAUACAGGCCUUACAAUAAUAGUAAAUCAUGAGAACCAAUAAAUUAAAUUUAACAUUGAAUCAUCAAAAACUACAGGGUAUUUAGAAGAAUUUUUGAAACAGGAAGUAAAAAAGCAUUCAAUACAUUAAUAUUCCUCUACAGGCUCUUAACCAGAUGAGAGAAAAGUAACAUGUGGUACUGGGAAUGAAUUUUCAGAUCUGGAGAUAGUUUCAUUUCAGACUGUCGAUAAGAACCUUCCAGUCGAUUAUUAUUUACAAUAACCUAAUAAAAGUUUAGAGAUCUUUAGUGGAUAAACUUUGAAUUUAUAACCAUUUUAUGGGACUCCAUAAUAGAGUAAGAUAACAUUAAAAGACUUCAUUUUUGUGAAAUGUAUUGGAGUGGGUGGAUUUUCAAGAGUCUACAUGGUGAAGAAGAAAUCUAAUGGGAGAUUCUAUGCGAUGAAACUAAUAGAUAAGGAAUUCAUUUUGCAACAUAAGAAAUAAGGUAUGAUUAGCAUAAAUUGUAUAGGCAUUGUUUAAAAUGAAAGAGAUAUUAUGACAGUACUUGAUCAUCCUUUUAUUAUUAAAUUAGAAUGCGCAUUUGAAUCUAAGAAUUUUAUAGUAUUUGUCUUAGAAUUUUGUAGUGGAGGAGAGUUGUUUUGGUAAUUAAGACAAGUAAAAAGAAUGACAGAAGAUUAAGCAAGAUUUUACUUUACUGAGAUUUGUUUAGCUAUGUUCUAUCUGCAUUCAUUAUCCGUAGUGUAUAGAGAUAUCAAACCAGAGAACAUUUUGAUAGAUUUAGAUGGUCAUAUUAGAAUAGCAGAUUUUGGAUUGUCCAAACCUAAUAUGACUGAAGAUGAUUAUGCAUACAGUUUUUGUGGUUCACCUGAAUAUAUGGCUCCUGAAAUGUUGUUGAAAGUAGGACAUAAUGUUUAAGUGGAUCAUUAUUGUCUAGGAGCAUUGUUAUAUGAAUUAGUCACUGGAUUGCCUCCAUAUUAUUCUAGAGAUACUGAUGAGAUCUAUGAAUCAAUACUUAAUGAAGAAUUGACCUUCCCUGAGAAAUUAAAUUUAUCAUCUGACAUUAAGGUAAAUUCAGUUUUUAAAUAGAAUCUAUUACAAGGUUUAUUAUGCAAAUAACCCUCAGAGAGAUUGGGAGCAAAUAAGGGAUUAACAGAAUUACUGACUCAUUCUUGGUUUAAGGAUGUGGAUCUUGUUGCAAUGUUAUAAAAACAAGUACCUCCACCAUUUAAGCCAAAUCAAUUCAAAUUUAAUUACGAUUCGAAUGAUUUGAUGAAAGGAGAGUUAGAAACUAGAGAAAAGUUAUUAGGCAAGACUGGCUUACAAUAAGAAAUUAGAAUAUUUAAAGCAUUUUACUUUGACUCUUAGGAACAGAAAUAAAUGAAAUAGGAACAAACAAAAAUAUUCAAAUAACAUUUCAUGAUGAUCGCUUAAUAAUAAUUGGCACUCAAUACUAAAUUUAAAUCACAAAGAAAAAGUACAGAACCAAAAGAACUUCCAUCUAAACCAGAAUCUCCUUAAACUCACAAUAACAAAUAAUAGAAACUCACUCCAGAAUAAUUUUAAUCUCUUCAAAAACGAAUUAAAUCUUAGUAAAAUUCAAUUUAACUUUAGGUAAUCCUCUAUAUCCAAUGUUUAAUAAGUCAGUACUAUUCAAAGUCCAGCUCAAUCCAAAGUUUAAGGAUUGAAGAGAAUCAUUUCUCAAAAUAAUUUCUUUGGUGAUAGACAAAAUACCUUGCCUAAUGGAUAAAAAGAUCUAGAUUACCAUCAGUUAUUAUCCAAUGUCUCUACAGAUUAAAUGCUUCAUAAAAGAGUGUCCUCCUUAAAAUAAAGAAGAAAAUGA